AUGGAGGGCCUGGGCGACUUUGGGGACAGUCUGAUGACGGACUUUGAUAAUAGGAACCAUAUCCCACUAUUACCGGAAGAUUUCGAUAUUGACACAUGGUUAACGUUAUCGACAUUUACUGCUCCAUUGCCCGAAUCCGAGUUAAUCCCUGAGGUUAAUAUUCCAAUAUCCAACAAUUUCAACUCAGAUUUGGAACUAGAUGCAUCGAAUACCCUGCAGCCCGCAUACGAUCUCGGCCAAGCCGGCGUAGACAACUACACGCUGACUAAGGAACAAAGUGAUCUUUUGUCCUUCAUCGAAGCAUUUCCAUUUAAUACACAGGAAGGAUAUCCUCUUCAACUAGAAGACUUAGGAGGGCCUCUUGCCGUAUCCGAGAAUUCUCCGUCUUCUCAUGCUUCGAAUUCUCGACAAGAAAUCCCGGAACCAUCUGUUAUCCUCGAGCGAUACGUUAACGCUUCAUCUGAGGACGAAUCCGAGGCACCCUUUUCUGCUAUUGAGCGCCAUAUCUCCAACCAUACAGGAAUGAGCCCUCACGCUAACGGACCCGAAUCUCCGAUAUCACUGGAAAUAACCCGUUUCAUGGGGUUCGAGGCAGAUCCCAUGGUGGAUUAUGAUGCAACAGACGGGUCCUCGCUAUGUUCGAACACUUCGAAUGUCAGCCACAUGAGUCGCGCGAAUUGCCUGCGUGCGCUUGGCCGUCUGGCAAUUGAUGCAGACUUUCCUAUCACUCAGACACCAAAUCGUACGCCGAGUAUAUGUUCCAUCCGCUCAUCAUCGUCCCUUGCAUCCGAUGCAUGUUCCAUACGCACCUCUACGACAUCUACGUCGUCCCGUGCCCCUUCAAGGCGGAAACGUACAAUGACAAAUAACCAUAAGACCUCCCGGCGAGCAUCUAAGUCCGAAAACCGCUUCUUUUGUACCUUUUGCGGCACAAGUUUUUCGACCAAAUCGACCUGGAAACGACACGAAGAGAGUAUCCACUUAAUGUUGAAGACUUGGACUUGCUCUCCGCAUGGUAUCAUAGUGUCAAUGCAACCUAAGAACGUUCUAGGUGUCAAUGCCACUAAAGCCCUAGAGUGUGGAUAUAAUACUUGUUGGUUCUGCAAUAUAGACAAGGAGACCACCAAUGUACCCUUCUCUUUUGGCCAAAACCAUAGCCUUCAAACUUCGAGAGACGUCCCGGACAGAUUCACAUCGAUGACUUGCUUCUCUCUUGAACAACACUGUUUCUCUCAUCCAAACUCCAGGACAUGCCACGAAAAUUCCGUGGCAGAAAAGACAUUCAUCCGAUUCGACCAUUUCGCCCGUCAUCUCCGUGACGCUCAUAACAUCGACGGGCUAAAAACCACGUUCGAGGCGAGUCAUGAGAGUAAAGAAGACCCAUUGCAUGGUGUAUUCCAAGUUCUUCCAGGACCAGCGAACUCAAGGUGUGGGUUUUGUGGCGAAACAUUUAGCACGUGGUCUGAUCGUGUUCAUCAUAUUUCGCACGAAUUUUGGUGGAAGAAGAGGAAAAUGGAAGAGUGGACUGGCGAUUGGGGUUUUGAUCGGGAGUGGAUGGAUCGACUUCAAGAUGCAAGAUUGCCAGAAGAUUUUACGAGCAGCGGACGUAGCGAGAGCCCGGAAGCUAUAGUGGCUGGAGAGGAUGGAAGGAUGAUGCUUGAUGAGAUACCAAGGCCAGCAACACCGCUACUGGUGGAAGUUGGAAAACCGCCAACCUCGAUAAUGGACACGAUUGAAGCCCGUCAGCUCGAGAAUCUGGAACCAGGUCCUCUGAGAGAAUCCUCUCGGACUGGUCGUUUUCCAUGCAUUGUUCCUGGUUGUUAUAAAUCCUUCUGCCUUCGAAAGGACCUACAAAGACACCAUAAGACUAUCCAUGCGGCUAACAAACCAGAAUUUUGCUGCCCCGUACCGGAUUGUAAGAGGUUUGUCAAUGGGUUUACCCGCAAAGAUAAUCUGAAAUAUCACAUCAUGCAAUUGCAUAUUGACCCUAACGCUCCAUGUUUCGGCGCAAUGCAGAAGAUUCUAAAGGGGUUGUAG